GAAAAAAAAAAAGUGUCUUGGCUCAAAAAAGGUUGAAAAACACUGACCCAAGUUAGUACUCACUCUGAGGAUGCACACUCCAGUACAGUAGGUGGCGGUAGGCACCUAUAACGUUGGUGGCGACGCGCCAUAAACUGAAGAAGAAGAAGAAGAAAGCGGCGGUUGUUUCCUGGCCCAUUUUAUCCGGGAGUCGACGUCCACCGUCUGGCCGCAAUGGGUCGCAGCCGGGAGCUGAGCGACUUCCAGCGGGGCAUCGUGGUCGGCUGCCACAUGUGUAAGAAGACCCUGCGGGAGAUUGCGAACCUCUUAAACCUGCCGCGCUCCACCGUCAGCAACGUAGUGCUACAAUGGAAGCGGGAGGGCAGGACGUGUCCGCUCCCCCGCUGCGGCCGCCCGCACAUACUCAAGGAGGAGCACCGGCAGGUCCUGGAGAGCCUGGCCCAGGAGCACACCUUCCCCUCCCUGCAGGCUCUCACCUGCGAGUUCCAGCGAGCGUCGGGGGCCAAAGUCAGCAAGGCCACGGUGAGCAGGGAGCUGCGAGAGAUGGGGCUCCGCCGGCGGGGGUCCACCGAAGGCAAGGCCAGAGAAAGAAAGAAGGCACAGCUGCCCUCCGGUCCGGACAACGCUGCGGACGGUCCGAACAAAGCGGAGGUCUCCCGCCUGGACCUGAGGGUGGGAUGCAUAAUCCGAACCAUGCAGCUUCCCGAAACGGACAAUCUGUACUUGCGGCACGUGGACGUGGGAGAGGCCCAUCCCAGGACGGUGGUCAGCGAGUGUGUGCCUGUUAACCAGUUGCAGAACGGCAUGGCCGUCCUGCUGUGUAACUUGAAGCCGACGCAGGUCCGAGGCGUGGCGUCGCAGGCGGUGGUCGUCUGUGUCAGGUCGCCGGACAAGGUGGAGGUCCUCAGCCCUCCCAACGGAGCUUUUCCUGGGGAUAGAGUCACCUUCCGGGGCCUCCUAGGUAAACCGGACAGAGAGCUGGACUCGGCCCAGGUGUGGGACAAGGUUCAUGCAGACCUGCGCACAGACGGCCAGUGCGUGGCCACCUACAAGGGGGCGCCCCUGGAGGUGGCCGGUAAAGGUGCGUGUCGAGCCGAAACCCUGAGCGACUGUGAAAUCGUCCUAACUCACGGAGGCGCGGCUUGAAGGACCUUUGCAUUAUACAAGGAAAAAACAACAACAUUCCCACCAGAAGGAGACUGUGGAAAACAUGUUUAUGUUUUACACAGUCUAACGUUGUCACGCCAACAUGCCAGUAACUCCCAUCUUUACAAUUGUGAACGUGCCUGCACUCAGGUGUGCAGUGAGUAGGGUUGGGUAUCGAUUGGAACCGGGACUAACUUUCCGAUUCUCCCUGUAUCGUUCAAAAGUUUAAAUUUCGAUUCCUAUUUCCGAUACCCAGUCCGCCGACCGGAAAAAAUAAAUACAUUUUUAAAAAAUAUGUCCCCCGAACCGGAAGAAGAAGCCGCUGAGCACCAACGAAGAAGCGCCCACCGCCGGAAGUGUUAGCAUAGCCGAGCGAGUCAGUCAAGCUCAAGCAUGGAUAGCGGGCGUCGGCGGUCGAAAGUGUGGCUUUACUUUACAAAAAAAAAAACAACGAAAUAACCGCGAAAUAACAGAGCUCCAUGUCCAUCAAGAAAGGAGUGGAGAGAGAGCUGCAGAUGUACCAGGACGUUCCACCGAUACUUAUGUCUGACGACCCUGCUGCAUGGUGGUGGAACCAACAAAAGACUUAUCCUUUGCUGUCAGAUCGCGCUUUCUCCUAUUUAUGCGUUCAAGCUUCUUCCACACCCAGCGAACGUGUAUUUUCCACAGCAGGAGACACUAUCUGUCCAGAACGCUCACGCGGUCAUUUUCCUAAACAAGAACUGUCUCUGAUUUUAUACUGUACCUGCUGCUAAUCUGGACUGGCUUUUGCAAGUUGUUUCUUAUUGUUUAUUUGCUUUUCUGCACCAGGUUAGCCCAUCAGUGGGAGCACGCUAACAUUUUUAAGUACCUGCAGCAUCAUACACUUGUGUGUGUAAAUGUGUUUUCAUGAGGUUUCCUGCAGCAUCAUACACUUGUGUGUGUGAAUGUGUUUUCAUGAGGUUUCCUGCAGCAUCAUACACUUGUGUGUGUAAAUGUGUUUUCAUGAGGUUUCCUGCAGCAUCAUACACUUGUGUGUGUAAAUGUGUUUUCAUGAGGUUUUCAAAAAUAAAGCUCUCUUGAGGAAAGUGUACCCCUGGGAAAAUGUAUUUAUAAUAUUUAUAUCCAAGUUCAUAGAUUUGAUAUUUAUAUUCUAGUUGAAAACAGCCCUGUGAGGAAUUUAUAGUAAAGUUCAUAAAAAGUUAAUGGAAUUUAAAAUUGAUGGAGAAUGUCAGACUAUUUCAUUCAGAAAGACUGUAGGUUAGCUAGCUCAUUUAAAAUAUCCUAAACAUUUUUUUGACCCUGCCUCUUAAAAGAAUCGAGAAUCGUCAGGAAUCGGAAUCGAAACAAAGAAUCGGAAUUGGAAUCGUUCGAAUUCAAACGAUACCCAACCCUAGCAGUGAGCGACGCUGUGAUGUCGUCGCAAGCGCCACCAGAAUAGACCACGCUCCAUUAAUUCCAUAAUACCAACAAUUUAUACACCGUAUUUACCGGACCAUAUGGCGCACCGGACUAUAAGGCGCACUGCCGAUGAGCGGGUCUAUUCAGGUGUUUUUUCAUACAAAAGGCGCACCGGAUUAUAAAGCGCAUUAAAGGGGUCAUAUUAUGAUUUUUUUCUAAAUUGAAAACAUUUCCUUGUGGUCUACAUAACAUGUGAUGGUGGUUCUUUGGUCAAAAUGUUGCAUAGAUGAUGUUUCACAGACCAUCUUCAAGUUGCUUUCUGACAGUCGCUCCAGGAUGCGCCGUUUUGCGGGCGGGUCUUAUUUACGUGCCUCACCUUCCACAGCGUCUCCUCCCCGCCAUCUUUGUUGUAGCGAUGUAGCGUGCAAGGACGGGAGUGGAAGAAGUGUCAAAAGAUGGAGCUAACUGCUUUGAUGACGUUCAGACUUUACUUAAAUAAACAACGGAGCAGCAUCUCCUCAUCCGUGGCUCACCAGUGCAAACGUGUCUCGUGAAAAAACAUCCGACCGGAACUCCCUAAUAACUAAAGUUCCUUGGGUGAAUUAUGUAAACUCACUACACCUGUAGUUUUUAGCGCUUCCAUAGAACUUGACGCUACUUUAUGUUAGAAAUGGCAACAGCGGAGGAUGAAUGCCCCAUAACAAGAAGAUAGUGAAAAAGAAGAAACUUAUCGACUACGGUGUCGGCACGUGGGCACAUUUUCAGGACUUAUGCAGAUCCCAAAUACACAUCAGCAGGUACCAGAAUGUAAGAAAACUUGGUUUUGCAUAAUAUUGCGAAGACAAAACGCCAGAUAAUGUCUCCUAAUGGGUGCCAUUUUGCGGUCCUUGUACACACACCAUAGUAGUAGUAGCCGCAAUGCGCCGACAAUCCAUCAAGCGGUGCGGCUUCAAAGUCAUACUAAAACAUUUUGGCAGAUUUUUGAGUGCUGUGUGUAAUGUUCUUUAUUUUCAAUGGAGCAUUUAUUAAAGUUUUGAUGUUGUUUACUGGCGUCAUAUUGCUGUCUACAUGUAUCUCUUAUGUGUGACUGCCAUCUACUGGUCACACUUAUCAUUACACCAUCUACCAAAUAAAAUUCCUUUGAGGUCGGUAAGCACAACCAGAAUUAUUCCGUACAUUAGGUGCACCGUCGAUUUUUGAGAAAAUGAAAGAAUUUUAAGUGCGUCUUAUAGUCCGAAAAACACUAAGCAUUUUGUUUUGCAUUAGGAAUGAGACAAUACCAAAAUAUGAUGGGUUGAAUAGAAAAUAUAUGUAUUUUAGUGCAUAUGCUUAAAGAUUAUAAGGUAAAAAGUAGGGGUGUUACGUUAUGUGUAUUUGUAUUGAACCAUUUCGGUACGGGGGUUCGGUUCGGUCCGGAGGUGUACCGAACAAGUUUCCACACGGACAUAUUAAGUAGCGUAACGCACGUUGUGUAAACAAUGCACACCGAGGCACAACACACGGCAUGCUAGCAGCUAACGGGCUAGGAUAGACUGACCAUACGUCCUCUUUUCACCGGACAUGUCCUCUUUUGCGGAGCUGUCAGGGCGGAGUUUCUUAAAUGCCUCAAAUGUCCGGCAUUUUGAGUUAGGGUUGCGUGUAUUUUCAAUGUACGUUCAGGGUUAAGAAGGGGUUGAAAACAAAACAAAUUGUGCGCGCAGCAGCAUUGGUGAGGGAGGGACAGAGACAGAGAGAGAGAGUUAUGAUAAACGCACAUGCGUCGCCAGGUUCUGCUUUUUAUCCAUAGAUUUGUCAGAUUAAAUUUUUUAUUAUCUAUAGCAGGGGUGUCAAAAGUGUGCCCCGGAGGCCAUUUGCGGCCCACAGCUAAUGUUUUAAAGGCCCACGGCACAUUCUAAAAAUACUAUUCAAAUAAACAAAAACAUAACAAAAGUGAAAUAAAAAAGCUUAAAGGUUAAAUGUCCUUUAGAAAAAGUUGCAAUGUUGACUAAUAAAACAGCUGUUUUUUUUCUUUCAAACUGUCAUUGCUCAAAACAUAAUAUUGAAUCAAAAUCAAUGUUAUUAUGAAUAUUGACCUAUCCAAGGUUCCCAUUACUUCACAUCAAAUAUUACACUAAGAAAAAUAUUUUUGGUGGAAGAUUUUGCAAAUUUGAUAAAUAAAUAACUAGGGAUGUCCGAUAAUGGCUUUUUGCCGAUAUCCGAUAUUACGAUAUUGUCCAACUCUUUAAUUACCGAUAUCAACCGAUAUAUGCAGUCGUGGAAUUAACACAUUAUGCCUAAUUUGGACAACCAGGUAUGGUGAAGAUUAGGUACUUUUUAAAAAAAUUUGUAAAAUAAGAUAAAUAAAUUAAAAACAUUUUCUUGAACAAAAAAGAAAGUAAAACAAUAUAAAAACAGUUACAUAGAAACUGGUAAUGAAUGAAAAUUAGUCAAAUGAACUGUUAAAGGUUAGUACUAUUAGUGGAGCAGCAGCACGCACAAUCAUG